AUGGAGGCCCAGAGGGACGGCCGCUCCUGGGCGCGCUGGUCACUGAUGCUCCUGCUGCUGGGCCUGGCGACGCCGCCAGCCACUGCCCAGGCCCUCAGCUACAACGAGGCCGUGCUCCGUGCCGUGGAGGCCUUCAACCAGCGGUCCUCGGAGGCUAGUCUCUACCGCCUCCUGCAGCUGGACUCGCAGCCGCCCAGUGCAGACGAGGACCCAAACAGCCCGAAGCCUGUGAGCUUCACGGUGAAGGAGACUGUGUGCCCCAGGACGACGCAGCUGCCGCCCGAGCAGUGUGCCUUCCAGGAGAACGGGCUGGUGAAACAGUGUUCGGGGACCGUCACCCUGGACCAGGCCAAUGGCCCCUUUGACAUCAACUGUGUGGACGUGCAGAAUGUCAGGCGCCGCUGGUUGGUGAGACGCCCACCCUGGUGGAGGCCGAGAUGGAUCUGA